AUGCAAGAUAACGAGUCCUUAAGGGAGUUCGUGAAGCGGUUUGGUCAGGCCGUGCUACAGGUAGAGGCCUACAGCAUGGAUUCUGUCCUACAGAUCUUCAAGCGAAGCAUCUAUCCAGGCACCCCUUUUUUCGAAUCACUCGCUAAGAAGCCUCCUAAGAUGAUGGAUGGCUUGUUCCGGCGUGCGAGCAAAUACUCGAUGCUUGAAGAUGACGUGCGAGCAGCCACCCAGCAAAUCUUGGUUGCAGGACAGGCAUCCAGAAGUGGUGCGGAAAGAAGUGCCAAACUUCCAAACCGGCCAAGGCCGUCCGAUCGAAGGCAGGAAGGGCCAAGUCACUCGGAACUGCCGCCCCUCACACCCAUUUCCAUAUCCUAUGAGAAGCUUCUCCCUAUGAUCCAAGACAUGUCCGACUUCAGGUGGCCUAGACCCCUCGGAACGGACCCAUCCAAAAGGGAUCAUAGUAAAAAAUGUGCCUACCAUAAGGAGCAUGGUCACACAACGGAGGCAUGCAAGAGCCUCCAUUAUUUGGUCGAAAGGCUCAUAAAGGCGGGACAUUUGAAGCAAUACCUCCGCUCAGAUGCCAGAGACCCCACACGGAUAUUGCAGCCGCACCGCGACGCCCUCAUUAUGUCCCUGGAGAUAGGAGACUUUGACGUGAGACGCAUCCUAGUUGACCUGGGCAGCUCGGCCUAUCUUGUACAAGCAUCGGUCAUUAGCCACAUGGGACGCAGUCUCACAGGCCUCGAAAACCCUGGGCAAAUCUUGUCCGGAUUCAACGGGGCAUCAACUACUUCCUUGGGAGAUAUUGUACUGCCGGUCCAAGCUGGCCCAGUCACUCUCAACGUACAAUUUUUCGUGGUACAAGAUUUAUCACCCUUCAAUGUCAUCUUAGGGCGCACAUGGCUGCACUACAUGAAAGCCAUCCCCUCUACAUAUCAUCAAAUGGUAAGCUUUCUUACCAAGGAUGGACAAAUAGACCUAUAUGGUAGCCAGUUAGCCGCUCGCCAAUGCUACCAGAUAGCACAGGAGCAAUCACUGAGUCCAACGGACAAAGAUCCCCCGGUAGCGGAUCCCUUGCAGACGAUCCAAAUUUUAGAAGAAGGUACUCAUCUUACAUAUAUCAGUUCCCUCCUGACGCCAGAAAAGACCCGGAACAUUCAGAACGCCCUCCGACAAAGCCAUGACGUCUUCGCAUGGGCACAUUCUGAUAUGAAGGGAAUUCAUCCCUCCAUCGUCUCUCAUAGGCUCAACGUCUUGCCAACAACAAGACCCGUCCGACAGAAGGUUAGACGUUUUCACCCAGACAGGCAAAAGAUCAUCCAGGAUGAGAUUGAAAAGUUGCUGGGAGCCGGAUUCAUCAAAGAAGUGGAGUACCCGGACUGGUUGGCAAAUGUAGUGGUGGUACCCAAAAAGGAAGAUCAAAUUGUGGACUCCACUGCUGGGCAAGGGAUGCUCUCCUUCUUGGACGCCUUCUCCGAAUACCACCAAAUCCCCAUGGCCCCGGUUGACGAAGAAAAGACAUCCUUUAUAACGCUACAUGGUCUUUAUUGUUACAAAGUCAUGCCAUUCGGACUCAAAAACGCUGGCGCCACUUAUCAGAGACUGAUGACGAAGAUCUUCAAACCUCUGGUUGGCCUCACAGUGGAGCGCUGUUCUGUUCUGCUGCCCCUUGCCCAAGGAGCAGAAACCUAUUUACUACGUCAGCAGGGCGUUAGCAGACGUAGAACAAGGUAUUCAAAGGUGGAGCUAAUGGCCUUGGCUCUUCGAAGUGCCGCCCAGAAGCUCCGCCCUUACUUCCAAGCCCACCCAGUGGUCGUGCUAACUGACCAGCCCCUUCGCAACAUCCUGCACAAGCCGGACCUAAUCGGAAGAAUGCUUCAAUGGGCCAUAGAAUUGAGCGAAUUUGGAAUCCAGUUCCAACCCAGGUUGUCCAUGAAAGGCCAAGUGAUGGCUGACUUCGUGCUGGAAUACUCUCGAAGGCCUAUCCAGCGCAAGGAACCAAGUGAAAAAGAAUGGUGGACUUUGCUGGUUGAUGGAGCCUCCCGGUCAUCAGGAUCCGGUGUAGGGCUCCUGCUGCAAUCCCCAACAGGAGAACAUCUAGAACAAGCCAUCCGAUUGGGGUUCCCCGCCUCUAACAAUGAAGCGGAGUAUGAGGCCAUCCUAUCCGGAUUGGACCUCGCCCUGGCUUUAUCCAUCUCCAGCCUCCAGGUCUAUAGUGAUUCCCAACUCGUGGUAAGGCACGUCCAGAAGGAAUAUGAAGCUAAGGAUGCGCGCAUGGCGCGAUAUCUAACUAAAGUAAGGGACACCUUACAACGGUUCACCGAAUGGACAAUCGAAAAAAUUAAACGAACUAAAAAUGGACGUGCCGACGCCCUGGCAGGCAUAGCUGCUUCCCUCCCCAUCAAAGAAGCCAUAUUAUUGCCUAUACAUGUGCAAGCCAACCCUUGA